AUACCUACACUACCCCGUCCCGCGCAGCAUGACAUCAUAUGUUUCCCCACAAGAAAGAUGCAUGGCUGAAAUGCGCCCAAAUCUGGACCCUACUAACGGUACAGCCGUUUACAACGUCCUACGUACAUUUGUUAGGUAGAAAACGAACGAAAAAAAAACAUGCAUUGUUUUUGGUAUGUACCUAUGACCGCAGUCAUAUCCCAGGGGGCGACCUAGGUGUGAUCGGCAACGACGGGGGAAAGCUUGCCUUCCCCAUGUGAUGCAGCUUAGCUUAGCUACCUCCUACCUUUCCCCAGGCCGGGUAGGCCCCGAAAUCAAACCAACUUUCGGAGUUUUUCACUACGUAAGGUAGUAUGUAUAUAGAACCAUGGCGCGGCUGCAUAAACAGUAUGCCUUGUCCGGACGACUGACUGACUUUCGGUCUCGGCCCGAUUUGCGACGUUUUGUUUCUUUUUCGACAUAGACCUAGAAACGCCGUGAGUGUUGGUCUGCCGUGACUAUCAACCACUUGGGAACUCUCAACCUAUGUUUCCCCCCUCUUCGCCAUCUUUAUCAACAGAGCGAAACCUAAGUUGGUUAUUUCAAUUUUUUUUUCCAGUCAUAAAGUCACAAAGAUGGCCUCAAACGAAAAGGGAGGGAGCCCAUCCGAUGGCCCCUCGGGCGGCACAACAACUCCCGGGGUGUUUGUCGAGCAUCGAUCCAACACCUCGCUGCCAAGAGGCGCCAACGAUGCCACGGCCGCCAACAUACCCACCGCCACGCUGGGUAAUGAAGACAUUAAGCGCAUGGAGGCCAAUGCUAAACUCAACAACCCGCUCUCCGGCAUGGGCCGCGAGAAGCUCAUGGCCAUGGGAGAGGAGUUUGCCCUCAAGCACGGCCUGAACACCGACGAAGACGUGCGGGCUUUCCGGCUCGGCGCUGUCAUCGCCGGUGACGACGUCGAGGGGCGCGUCGAUGGUGGCCUCUCGGAGCUGACGGACCGUGAAAGGGACGUCUUGCAGAAGGAGGUCACGCACAAGUGGGCGAACCCGGGGAUGCUGUACUGGGUUGUGGCGAUCUGCUCUCUAUGCGCUGCCGUCCAGGGAAUGGAUGAGACGGUCGUGAACGGCGCACAGUCUUUCUACAAGAGACAAUUUGGCAUCGCCGGCACGGGUGGUCGUGACGCCUGGCUGCUGGGACUGACCAACUCGGCGCCGUACCUUUGCUGUGCCAUUCUUGGCUGCUGGUUAACAGCUCCCAUGAACCGGGUGUUCGGCAGGAAGGGGACUGUGUUUUGGUCUUGUGCCAUCUCUGCGGCGGCCUGCUUCUGGCAGGCUUUCACCAACACCUGGUGGCAUAUGUUUAUCGCUCGCUUUUUCCUGGGUCUGGGCAUAGGACCAAAGUCGGCAACUACUCCAAUCUUCGCCGCCGAGUGUGCGCCGCCAAAGCUCCGUGGUGCUCUCGUUAUGCAGUGGCAGAUGUGGACAGCGUUUGGCAUCAUGAUAGGAUACGUGGCCGACCUUGCCUUCUACUUUGUUCCCGAUCAUGGCGUCGAACUCGGCCUGAACUGGCGUCUCAUGAUGGGAAGCGCCGGCAUCCCCGCCGUCAUCGUCUGCUGUCUGAUACCCCUAUGCACCGAGUCUCCCCGCUGGUACCUGACCAAGGGCCGACACGCCGACGCCUUCCGUGCCAUCUGCACGCUCCGCCACGAAAAGGUCCAGGCGGCCCGCGACCUCUUCUAUAUGCACGUCCUGCUCGAGGCGGAGCGCGAGACCAUGUCCAUGGGCACGCGCAACCAGAUCGCCGAGCUCUUCACAGUCCGACGCAACCGCAACGCCAUGGUCGCUUCCGAGAUUGUCAUGUUUAUGCAGCAGUUUUGUGGAGUCAACGUUAUUGCAUACUACAGCAGUGAGGUGUUUCUAGGUGCCGGCCUUUCCGAGGUCAGCGCCUUGUCGGCCUCGCUAGGUUUCGGAGUCAUCAACUGGCUCUUCGCCCUGCCGGCCUUCUUCACCAUCGACCGUUUCGGCCGUCGGAACCUGCUUCUGACUACUUUCCCGCUCAUGUCUCUGUUUUUGUUCUUCACGGGAUUCUCCUUUUGGAUCCCCGAGGAAUCGAAAGCGCAUAUUGCGUGUAUUGCCCUUGGAAUUUAUCUCUUCGGCAUGGUCUACUCGCCCGGGGAAGGCCCCGUGCCAUUCACCUACUCCGCCGAGGCCUACCCGCUCUACAUUCGCCCGCUGGGCAUGUCGCUAGCCACGGCCACGACGUGGUUCUUCAACUUCAUCCUGAGCGUCACCUGGCCCAGCAUGCUAGCCGCCUUCCAGCCGCAGGGCGCUUUUGGGUGGUACGCCGGCUGGAACAUCAUUGGCUUCUUCGCCGUGCUCUUCUUCGUUCCCGAGACAAAGGAAAAGACGCUCGAGGAGCUGGAUCAGGUCUUUGGCGUACGCUCCAAGGACCUGGUCCGUUACGGCAUCGACAGCACAAAGUACUUUGUGGUUGGUCUCCUGUUGCGGAGGAGUGUGGCCAAGCCCCAUCCGCCUCGGGCUGCGGUCGAGAUUCGUGGCGGUGGUGGACAGGCGCGCUCUGGGGUCUCGCCGGGGAGCAGCGAAAAGUUGGAUGCUGCUACCCGAGCUUGAGUGAGAUUGGGUCCUGGUUUGGGCAUUAUAAAGAAGUUUCUUUGCGGUAAUAAGCAAGGAAAGCUGCGCUGGGGUCAUGAGUUAUAUAAAGAUCGUAUGAUUUUGUUAUUCUUUCGGUGAAAUCUGUAAAUGUGUUUCCGCUGGACUCAAAAACAGAAUGCCAACUGCAAGUAUCACCAAGACGCAAGAAUAAAUAAUUCAAGUUUGC